CGGGCACAUGCGUACAAGCGGCUCAUCCAGGCAAACACCCCUCACAUCUUAAAUGAGCUUCAUUUACCGGCAGCCGCUUCAGUCGCUGCCGGGCUGCGCUCGGACCGCCUUACGGACAGCGCCCCCGCCCCCCGCCCCCCGGGGCAGGCCAGCCCCGACGGAGCCCGCCGCGCCCCGCGCUAGAUGGGACUGAGCGUGGCGGAGGCUCCGGGCUCGGGCGGCGGAGGCUGAGCGCGCCCCGCGCGGGGGCGCCGGGCAUGGCCGCGGGCGGGCGGGGGCCGGCCGAGCCGUAGCCGCGGGCCACAGCGCCCUCGCGGGAUGCCGCCGCCGCGCCCGGCCGCGGCCAUGGAGCGCCGGUGAUCGCUGCCGCCGCGGAGUGGCCGCCGCGGCCCGCCGGGAGACAAUGGCCCUGCACAAACUCUGCUCGGUGCUGGAAGUGUUGCUAGUAACAAUCCUUGUAGUGGAAGGGAUUGCCGUUGCACAGAAGACACAAGGAAAGAAGAAUUCCUUGAACUGACACCUACAGAAUUUUCUGGAACCAUUUCUGCAGGAGAGACCAAGUUUUCACCCCCAUAAAUCAAAAAGCUGCCAAGAUACCAGUGGAAGGUGAUGAAAUUACUGGAGGCAGUUAAGACCUGUAUCAGUAUGGACACCCUUUCGAAGGUGGACAAAAUAUUGGAGUGAAUCGCAUUCCUCCUACCCAGUGUGACAACUGGGUACGGACAAGUAAUGGAGGACAUUUUGCUUCACCAAACUACCCUAACAUGUACCCACCAAACCAGGAGUGCAUCUAUAUCUUAGAAGCUGCUCCACGACAAAGAAUUGAGUUGACCUUUGAUGAACCUUAUUACAUAGAACCCUCAUUUGAAUGUCGGUUUGAUCAUCUGGAAGUUCGAGAUGGACCUUUUGGUUUCUCCCCUCUCAUUAAUCGUUACUGUGGUCUGAAAAGUCCUGCACUAAUUAGAUCAACAGGGAGAUUUAUGUGGAUCAAGUUUACUUCUGAUGAGGAACUGGAAGGAAAGGGAUUUCAAGCAAAGUACUCAUUUAUACCAGAUCCUGACUUCACUUACCUAGGAGGUAUUUUAAAUCCCAUCCCAGACUGCCAAUUUGAGCUCUCAGGAGCUGAUGGAAUAGUACGUUCCAGUCAAGUAGAACAAGAAGGAAAAACAAAACCAGGACAAGCAGUUGACUGCAUAUGGACAAUUAAAGCUACUCCACAUGCUAAGAUUUAUUUGCGAUUUCUCGACUAUCAAAUGGAGCAUUCAAACGAAUGCAAAAGAAACUUUGUUGCUGUAUAUGAUGGAAGUAGCUCUAUUGAAAACCUGAAGGCAAAGUUUUGCAGCACCGUAGCAAAUGACGUCAUGCUGCAGACGGGGACAGGUGUGGUACGAAUGUGGGCAGAUGAAGGCAGUAGGCUAAGCAGAUUCAGAAUGCUGUUCACUUCAUUUGUGGAUCCUCCCUGCUCAGGCAACACUUACUUCUGCCAUAGCAACAUGUGCAUCAAUAAUUCUUUAGUCUGCAAUGGCAUUCAAAACUGUGCUUACCCUUGGGAUGAAAAUCACUGCAGAGAAAAGAAAAAAAAUGGAUUGUUUGAACAAAUCACCAGAACUCAUGGAACAAUCAUUGGCAUCACAUCAGGGAUAGUUUUAGUUCUUCUCAUCAUUUCAAUUCUAGUACAAGUAAAACAACCUCGCAAAAAGGUUAUGGCUUGCAAGACUGCUUUCAAUAAAACUGGUUUCCAGGAAGUUUUUGAUCCUCCACAUUAUGAACUGUUUUCACUAAGAGACAAAGAAAUUUCUGCAGAUUUGGCAGAUUUAUCAGAAGAACUGGAAAACUACCAGAAAAUGAGACGCCCUUCAACAGCUUCCAGAUGCAUUCAUGACCACCACUGUGGCUCCCAGGCCUCUAAUAUAAAACAAAGCAGGACAAACCUCAGCUCCAUGGAACUUCCCUUUCGCAAUGAUUUUGCACAGCCUCAGCCAAUGAAAACAUUUAAUAGCACAUUCAAGAAAAGUAGUUACACUUUCAAACAAGCACAUGACUGCCCUGAGCAAGUCAUAGAAGACAGGGUGAUGGAGGAGAUUCCGUGUGAAAUUUAUGUUAGAGGAAGAGAAGAUACGACACAAGGUUCAUUAUCUAUUGACUUCUAAUUUCCUAGUGAAAGUGCUAUCAGUGUAUAUACAAGAUGCUUGUGUACAAUGACAGUGUAUAUAUUAAAAGGUACUAUAUGCAGCGUGAGCUGCACACACUUUUAGCUUAUUAUACUUCAUUUAAAAAAACCCACAGUCUUCAUAACUAAUUCUUGCUGCAGAAUGGUGGAUUUCCUCCCAUCUUCCCAAGCUACCUAUCUAAUGGAGGAGUAAGACAGAGACUUUGCAUGGAAAUUAUAAAUUAAGGAUAUUGGAAGAAAAAAACAACUACUAAUCAAUGAACACUGAAAACAAUGACUACUAUUCUCUUCCUCGUAUCAUUUUCUCUCCUUUAGAUGUCUGCUUUUCAAGACAAUUUUAAUACCUCAGUUACAUAAAUAAAAGUAGUUAAAGUGCACCAAGUGUAUAUCAACAUAGGUGUCUUAUCGUAUUUGUCAAAUUGAAAGUAGAGUUAGUGUUAAGUGCCAGUUAAGACUCAAGAAUUGUGUUGCAGCCAUCUGUUUCAUCCUACCUACCAUUUGUAUUGCUUUUAAUUAUCAGUUCCUCACUCUAUGGUUUGUGCAAAAUAAGCGAAAAGGAUUAUUGCCUUUUAAAAAUAAUGAGUUAUAUUAAUUUUAGUAUAUUUGGAAAUAUAUAAUCUUUGGAGGUUUUGGUUAAAACGCAAGUAAGUACUCAUGUUACUCUAGAUGCAGACUUUACCACAGCUUUCUUUCAAGAAGGUUUAAGAUUUUAAAAUAUUCUGCUAUAUAUUAUAGAUCCACAUGGCUCACUGAUUUCACAGCUCUGUAGUUAGAAAACAAUUUUGUUCCUGCAUUUUCAAAGUAUUUACAUAAAUAGACUGUACUGUGCAUUUGUCUCUUAAAAUAGCCUUUUACUCCUUAUUGCAGCCAAUCUUCCCUACUGAAAUCAGUGAUGAUACCUUUAGCUCAUGUCCUGCUUGCCUGAAGAGAACUGCUCUGAGGUCUGUUUGAUUACCAGGUAUAUGAAGAUACUGGAAACACAGAGAAAUCACAAAGCAAAUCUUAUUAACCCUUAUGGAACCCCUUCUUGUGCUCCUUGUUUCCACCUGCAAAAUUGCACAUUUCAUACCUUUUUUAAUGGUGGUUUGGACCUAAUUUUAAAGUUUUUACAAUAUAAAAAAAAUUUUAAAUAUAAUAAUCCUCAUUGUGGUUUUUAAAAUUUUUAUAUAGUUUGAUACUGUACAGACUAUUUAUUAAAUCAAAAUCUAGCACCUGUACAGCAGGCUUGUUUCAGUGUCCCGAUCAGCAGCUGGGAAUAACGUGCAGUGGCUGCUGCAUACAUCGCAGUUUGCCAAAAAAUACUUAAUACGACUUCCACAUUAGCCUACAUUUAAUUCCCUGGUUUGUUUGGAUUUAUUCUGGUUUUAUGUUUACAGGAAACCUUUUACUACAGUUGACUUACCAGCUUGCAGUGGGCAUAUCCUUUAUUUACAAAUGUAUGUAAAACCAUAAUGUUUGUUGUGCUGACUGUAGUACAAAAAAAAAAAAGUAAUAAUAAUCUUAAUAUAGGACCCUAGAAACUGAAAAAUCUUCUCUUCAAAAUAAAAGAUGAACAACAGCUGUUUUCACAGAUUUUCAUUAGAAUGACAAAGAAAUUUUUUUUAUAAAUGCUUAGAAUGUAAGAAAUUUAAGGGGAAAAAUAAAAAGGAGGGGAAUUGAGUGUCUUCAACACUUCCCAACUUCAAAAACUUCAAAAAAACCAUCCAAAAUCCCUGUCUGAUGUCUAGAAAUAAUUUAAUCAGAAGGUUAGAGAUCAGACCCCUAAGGCUGUAUCCUGGUGUCAGUUUUCAUGCUGGUCCCAGAAUGUAUUUCAGAUUGAAAGAAUGAAAGUGGGCAUUAUUUUUAGAUGCACUUCAUGCAGAAGAUGUUUAAAAAAUCUAGUUAAUUUUGACUUGAAAAUUUUUGAAUAUUUAGUUAAAACUUUUCUUGACAGAUGUCAUUUACUUCUCAUUGAUUUCAGUAAUAAAUAUCUCACCGUGACCUAUAUGAUAUAGAAUGUUAUUUGUGAUAGUCUAUUCGUUCCAGAUUCUUUCAACAAGUAAUAAGUAGUUUUACAUAGGUCAUUUUUAUCCAUAUAAAGUAAGUGCUAGGUUUGCAUGAUUAAGUUUUCUUUUUAAGGUAUAUUUGUCCAUGUGAUAAAAAUGUGAUCCCUAUUCUUUCCUAAGUUAUGUUGUCUUUGAACAGUAAACCUGUAAUAAUAAAAUAAACAGCAAGCCUGCAAAGCCCAA